UCUCCUCAGUGCUUCGGGAAAGCUUAGUGUGCGGAGUUUGCGCUCUCUCGCAAGCAUCAUGACGGCGGCUAAGAGGAAGACCGCUUUGCAAGAUUUUUGCAUGUGAUUAGGAGGUUCUCUCCAACAGUCUGUGAAACUGGACUUGACGCAUCAUUCAUAUUCGGAGUACAAGACCAUAUUUUCCUUGGUCUUUACAUGGAGCUUGUGGAAUUGGGCUUUACUAAAACUCAAGGCUCCUUUGGUCUCAGUCUUGACUUGAACUCAACCCUGCAGAAUGUCCAAAAUCAGGCGGAAGGUUACAGUGGAGAAUUCGAAGACCAUAUCGGACAGCAGCAGUAGCACGACCACCCCCUCCCGCAGGCCCAGCGUGUUUGAGAGACUCGGGCCCAGCACGGCCAGUAAUGCAGCAGAGACUCAUUGUAGAAACUGGUUAAAGACUGGGAACUGCAGUUACGGUAACACGUGUCGCUACACACAUGGAACCCCAUCACGAGGAAAAGGCUUCUCUGGAACAUUCAACAGGUCAGCCGAGAGGCCCACUGGGGAUCUCCGGGAGAGGAUGAAGAAUAAGAGACAGGAUGUAGAUGGUGACACUCAGAAAAGAGAUACAGACGAGCCCACUUCACCCACAACCAGACAGCGAGAUUCAUCCCGAGGCAGACGCAGAGAGAAAGAGGAUAUUAAAAUCACAAAGGAACGCACUCCAGCUAGUGAGGAAGAGACCGCAGAUUGGGAAGCCAGUCGUGAAGAUUCUGAUAACGGUGACUACGAUUACGAGUUAUCUCUUGAGAUGAAGAGACAGAAGAUUCAGCGAGAGCUGAUGAAGCUGGAACAGGAGAACAUGGACAAACGAGAAGACAUUGUCAUCAAGAAAGAGGACCCAGUCCCUAAGACCAGGACGAGUAAUACUUCAAAGGACAGGGCUUCACCUGAGCGCAGCAGUUCUAAGGGGUCACCUUCGUCCCAUAAAUCCAGCUCACCCAAACAUAGAGCAGGGAAGAGUGGGACCUCCAGCAAGAAAGAGAAGAAGUCCUCCACUUCCUCAGUCAUCUCCUCUUUAGUGUCUGACCAGACCAGGGCAGAGGAGACAGACAGCAGGUCGUCAAAGAGUGGCCAUGGCAAAAGAAAAGGGCCACGGACACCCAGUCCUCCACCACCUGUCCCUGUGGAAAGCCCAGUGACUGGGAAGAAGCACAAAAAUAAACACAAGAACAAGGAGAAAUGUGAAGACAAGCUUAAAGAAGGCAAAGAACGAGGACGUGAUACGGAGAAACACAAAGAGAAAAAGGAAAAACGCAGGGAUCGGUCCGAUAGUUCUCAUAAAGCCAAACGCUCAAUAACAUCAGAGGAACGUUCUGGAAGUCUUUCCCCACCCUCCAGGGAAGUAUCGCCCCGAGCCAGAAGGAGGUCCUCCUCCCCUAAAUCCACUUCCCAAAAACAGUCCUCGCAGCAGAGGUCUAGGACUCCACCCCGUCACCGCCGCAGCCCCUCCCCUCCGUCCCGACAGCACCUCUCCCCAUCUUCACGCUCUGGCUCCUUAGCCCAGAGACACUCCCCAUCUCCUCGCCACAGACGGUGUUCUAUCUCUCCUCUUUACCGAGACCUUCCUCCUCCAUCCUCGUCCUCACCACCUCCCACUCAGUCCUCACGCCGCUCCCGCUCCCGAUCUCCGCUCACCCCGCAGAGAGACUCUUCACCGACUCCCGCCCCUCGCAGGUCCAGCCCCAGUGCCCGUCACCGCUCCCAGGGCAGAGAGAGGGAGAGGGGGAGAUCAGAGCGAGACCGGAGUCCCGCACUGCAAGAGAGACGGCAUGAGCGCAGAGAUGAGAGCCGCGGAAAGCGUGAGAAAGACAGCAGCCGUGACGAGCGAGACUAUGAGAUCGAGCAGAGCUCUUCUCGAGAUGAGCGUGAUGCCAGGGAUGGCCGAGACCGGCGUGGUGAACGGGACCGAAGAGAUGUCCGGGAAGAGCGCCAGCACCGCGGGGAGGCCAAAGACACUCGGGAUACCCGUGCAGGAGAAACGCGAGACCGCUCCGGACGAGAAUCCCUGGAACGUAGAGAGAGAGAUCGGGACCGAGAAAAAGAGAGGGAAAGGGAGAGAGAACGAAAUGAAACCCAUAGAAAAGAGGAAAUGACAGCCCCGGAGGAAAGGAAUUAUGGAAGGGGACAUGGAAGGGAGGAAUUGAGAAAUGACAGUAGAGUGGACAACAGGAAUGAAUCUCGGCCUGAAAGAACAGGCAGAGGAAGGGGCCGAGGGGAUGCCACAGAGAAAGGGUCUGUUCGUGGUGGUAGAGCGUCACAGGCUGACACUAGCAGUGCUAGUGGGCAUGACAGCUGGGAGUCCCGCAGCAGUGGUCUAAGAGAGAGGAGCUCGGAGAGAAACACUGAUCGUGAUCGCUACGAUAAUGACAGACCGAGAGGAGAACAGCCCAGAGAUGAACGGCGCGGAGGACAUGUAGAGAGAGACCGCCGUGACAUCAGAGAAAGAGAACAAAGAGCGUCCUCUCCCGUCCGACAGCAAAACCGUGGUGAGGACCUCGAUCGUGAAGAGAGAAAAGAUGAUCGAAGGACCGAUCGAGGGGAUGAAAGACGAGAUGACCGCACGCGCGAUAGAGACAAGGACAGGGAUAGAGAAAGAGAGAGGGAACGGGAAAGAGAGAAGGAGAGAGAGAGGGAGAAAGAACGGGAAAGAGAGGCUGAAAAAGAACGUGAAAGAGCUAGGGAGAGGGAGCGGGAGAGAGAGAGGGAAAGAGAGCGAGAGCGGGAGAGGGAGGAGAGAGAAAGAGAGCGGGAAAGAGAACGAGAGGAGCGGGAAAGGGAGCGAGAAGAGCGGGAGAAAGAAAGGGAACGAGAGAGGAAGGAGAGGGAACGGGAAAGGGAGCAAAGAGAGCGGGAACGGCAGAGGGAGUGGGAUGAGAGGGAAAAAGGGAGGGAAGAGAGGCGGGACCGAAGAGAUGAGUCGCGAGAUGACCGCCCCACGCGAGAUGCUCACGAAGAGAGAAAGAACACUCGUAAGAGACAUCGUGCUGAGAACACUCCCAGUCCACGACCAUCUCCUAAAAGAUGUCGAGAUGUGAGCCCUGUAGACAGUGACGGUUACAACAGCACUGAGGAGAAAGGUGAGAAGCACCGACUGCUGAGUCAAGUGGUCCGUCCUCAGGAAACUGCCCGCUCUCCUGCCCACUCCUUUACUGAUGAUAAACACAACCGCUGGAAGGAUGAUGACCGUCGGGGGGAUAAAAAAGAAAGCCGUGUCCGUCACGAGGAGGUUGAUUCCCGCGGUGAGAGAGGAGCAGGAAGAGGAGCAGAGCGACGUGGAGAACAUGCUCCAGACAUUUCUGCUACAGGCAUUUCUGAUUCUAAAAGGGGAAAAGAGCAGAGGGACCUCCCUACUGUCGCCCUCACUCCACCUCCUCCUCCUCCUCCUUCCAUGGAGGACAGAGACUCUUUAUCAGCCGUUCAUGAAGAGGGGAAGAAAAAGACUAAAUCUCAGAAGAAAAAUCUGAAGAAGAACCGUAAAGAGGAGGAAUCUGGCGGAGGGGACCGUAGCAACCCUGAGCCCCCGACCUCCUCCACUGUAGCUGAAGCCCCCCAGGCUCUCCUGUCACCUCGCAAGACAGCCAAGAAGAAAGCCUUAGAAAGGAAGCGCAAGCGCUCGCGAGGUCCUGAGUCAGACGUAUCUGAGGAUGAGCUGGUCGCCCAGCAUCCCCUCAGCAAGAGGCGACGAGGCCCACGUACACCUCCGCCAAUCAACAAGGAUGACCUUCCUUCCCAGAGGGCUUUAAUGGCUGGACAGAGUUCUCUUCCUGCUAAAAUAGAUGCCAACUUCAGUGACUGGUCUGAUGAGGAUGUACCAGAGCGAGGCGAAACUACUUCUGCCUCCCUGCCAUCCGACAGGCCUCCGGAGCGGCUGCUUCCCUCUGAACGUCCCCUUAGAAGGGGUGCACGUGGUGGCGGCCGGGACCGUACGGACCCCCCCAUCGCCCCGCUGCUUCCUGACCCUCCAAUGCUGAUACAGUCUCUUCCUUUACAACCGUUACUGCCGCAACACAUGCUGCGUAAACCACAGCAAGCAGACAUGCAGCAGCAGCGCAGCAGUAGCAUGGGAAGCAACCAAAGCCGAGCGUCUUCGAGAAGGCUACGCUCGCCCUCCAAUGAGUCGGCCCACCUUGACGAAGGCCCACCGGGACUCAGGGCCCGCAGAGGACUCAUGCAAGGUGGCAAUUCUCGGGAGAGAGAGCGAGAGAGGGAACGUGACCGAGAGAGGGAACGAGAGCGGGAGAGAGAGAGGGACAGGGCCGCGGCCAGCGAACAGAUGGGAGGAGAGAGGAAGUCGAGGAUUGAUCAGCUCCGGAGAGGAGAACCCAGUCGAAGUACGUCCUCAGACCGGCAGGACUCCCGGAGUCACAGUUCUCGUCGUAGUUCUCCAGAGUCUGAGCGUCAGGCUCGCUCCAGAGCCGGCUCCUACGACAGCCGCGAGCGGGAGCGGGAGCGGGAUCGAGAUCGUGAUCCGUUGGAUCGAGAGCGUGAGAGAAAAGAUCAACGUCAGAUGCAAAAUCAACAAACCCAACAGCGAGACUGGGACCCAGAACCUCGUGAGUGGGGUGGGCGGGGCAGAGAGCCCCUCCUCCGUGGCAACCGCGAGCCAAUUAGAGAGAGAGACUUGCGGGAGAUGCGUGAAAGGGAACGACUCUUACCUGAAGGGUUGCUGGCACAUGAGCGAAUGGAUCGUGAGCGUGGUGAAAGGGACCGUGAGCGUGAACGGGAAAGGAUGCUUCCGUUUGACAGGGAACUAAAGACCAGAUCUGAAACUAAGAUGGAGAGAGGAGAGUAUGAGCCUCUGUUACCCAGAGAAGCCCUCAUGGGUGUAGAAAAGCCGGCCGACAACUCCCACCUGCAAGGGGAAGCAUCUGAACCGAAAAUGGAUAGUCUUGAUGAAGAGGAGGAUGGAAAGGGUGAUGAUGCGCAGUCUGCGGUCUCAGAUGGUGAGGAGUAUGAGCCCAUCAGUGAUGAUGAACUGGACGAGAUUCUGGCUGACAGUCAAAAGAGGGACGAACAGCAAGAUGAUGAAAAGAUUUCUGGGCCUCUAGAUGUGAUUGAUGUAGAUUGGUCCAGUUUGAUGCCCAAGCAAAAACAGGAGCCCAGAACUCCUGGGGCAGCUCUUCUCCGAUUCACCCCAGGGGCUGUUUUGCUCCGAGCGGGAGUUUCCAGACGCUUAGCUGGGCCUCAGCUCCUUGCCAGAGUUAAAGAAGUGUGUUCCAGAGAGUUGGAAGACCCUAAAGAUGCUGAUAAACUCUUAGAGCAUGAUCUGGGUGCUCUGAACAUGGCUGCAUACAACAGAAGAAUGGAGAGGGCCAACCUACUACGGAGCCAGGGCCCUUGCUGCAAGGCACUGUGUGCUCGCAGAGACAUUGCCAUACGUAGACAGCUCCUGAAAAACGACAAGGGCACAACCAAGCAGAUCUACACCAGUGCUCCAGUGGUGGACAAUGAACUUGUGCAACAGAGUUUACGUCUCUUUAAAAAGAAAAUGGCUUCCAGCCUGUCCAGUGGACAGGAGAAGACUGAUUCAGCCCAACAGCUUGGCACACUGGCAGAGCUGAGUGUCUCCUGAUUGUGCUCAGUGGGUACAGUCUGAAAGUACUGAUCUCAGAUCACCCUCAACUCAAUUAUUUUCACACAAUGAAACUGUUUAAGUCGGUGCUGAUGGAGGAUUGCUGUCCUAAACCUCAGAAGAACCACAGAACCAUAGAGACUGGACAUACUAGCCUGUGGAGAUUUCACAACCUUGAACUUUGAAUCAGAAGUGUGAUAACAAUGUACUGCAUAAGAACUUUGUCAUUUACAUUUGUUUUAGAGAAGACUUUUGUAACGUUAGAUGUGUGAACAAUGUUUGUGGGAUUAUACAAUGAGUACAGAAUAUGUGCAUUAAAAUUACUGUUUGUUAUGUGCAUUUAACUUCUGUUCCCCUUGCUUUUCAGUUUUAAAACAUUUGUGAUCAGUCUCAGCAGUCUUGUUCUCAGUGAUUUCCUUGUUUUAUUAAAAUAUGAUUCAAGAAGAAAA